AUGUUGUGUGGAUAUUGUGUGGGUAUUGUGUGGGUAUUGUGUGGGUAUUGUUUGGAUGUUGUGUGGGUAUUGUGUGGGUAUUGUGUGGAUGUUGUGUGGGUAUUGUGUGGAUGUUGUGUGGGUAUUGUGUGGAUGUUGUGUGGGUAUUGUGUGGAUGUUGUGUGGGUAUUGUGUGGAUGUUGUGUGGGUAUUGUGUGGAUGUUGUGUGGGUAUUGUGUGGAUGUUGUGUGGGUAUUGUGUGGUUGUUGUGUGGGUAUUGUGUGGAUGUUGUGUUGGUAUUGUGUGGAUGUUGUGUGGGUAUUGUGUGGGUAUUGUGUGGAUGUUGUGUGGGUAUUGUGUGGGUAUUGUGUGGGUAUUGUGUGGAUGUUGUGUGGGUAUUGUGUGGUGUCUUACAUCAGGAAAUAUUUGAGAUUUAUUUCUCAUUGGCUCCCAGGAUGA